AUGAACCUCAACUUCACAGCUCCCGUGCACCCCGUCUCGACGGGCAGGCCCACCUCGUUCUUCAUCGAGGACAUCCUGCUGCACAAGCCCAAACCCCUGCGGGAGGUGCCCCCCGAGCACUUCCCCGGCUCCCUGGCCUCCCGCGUGCCCCUCUUGGACUAUGGGUACCCCCUGAUGCCCACCCCGACCCUGCUGGCGCCGCACCCGCACCCCGCCCUGCACAAGCCGGAGCAUCACCACCACCACCCCUAUUUCCUCACCGCCUCGGGAAUGCCGGUGCCAGCGCUUUUCCAGCACCACGCUCACGCCGAGCUGCCCGGGAAGCAUUGCCGCCGCCGCAAAGCCCGCACCGUGUUCUCCGACUCGCAGCUCUCCGGCCUGGAGAAGAGGUUUGAGAUCCAGAGGUACCUGUCCACACCCGAGCGGGUGGAGCUGGCCACGGCCCUCAGCCUCUCCGAGACGCAGGUGAAAACCUGGUUCCAGAACCGCCGCAUGAAGCACAAAAAGCAGCUGCGGAAGACGCAGGACGACCCGAAGCAGGCGGGCGGGGAGGAGAGCGGCGAGCAGAGCUCCCCCGAGCCCGAGCUGCCCGAGGCGGCGGGCGCCGAGCCCCGCAAGGGCCCCCCCGGCCCCUUCCUGCUGCAGGACCCCGAGGACGAGGUGGACAUCCUGGAGGAGGGGGACAUCUGCCCCCACCGCCUCUAG